GGCAUCGCCCGCCGGUUGCGGGCCUGGGGCGACGCGUUUCAGAGCGCCGCGUUGCGGCUCCGUUGGUUCGCGCCAGCUGGGCCCGACAAGGCAGACGACGCUUCGGCGUUGCUCUGCUUCCCCCAUGCCCCUCGGCAGCGCCGCCGCCUGUUCCGGGCGAGCGGCGCUUGUCCCGUGGAGAGCCCCGACGAGCAGCCCGCUGCGAGCGCCGUCGCCCCCGAUGGCCGCACGCUCGAGGUGCCGGGAGAGUCGCGCGAUAUUGCGGCUCUCCUGUGGCCCGCGAGGGUUUGCGACCCGUUCGAUUGGGCCCUGGUCGAAGCGGGAGACGCGUUGCCGUCCGGGGUGGAGGCGUCCGCGCGCCGCGUCGCCCUCGGGGCGGGCGCGCCUUUCGCGGAGGCGCGAUUGGACGCGGCCGUCGACUCGGGGGUCGAGUUUGACGGCCGCGGGUCUCAGCCCCCCCCGUUCUUCGCCUCGAG